AUGAACCGAGUGACAGUAAUCUUACACCCCCAACACCCCAACACUCCCAACACCGGGUGUGUUAAUAAGGUGAAGAGGCGAGUUCAGGCAGGUCUGUUCAGGAAUCAGGAUCAGCACCAUGAAACCAAACCUCAGUCAAACGCUGUCGGCGUGAGACGCACAACCAACAGGAGGGCCGGGUGGCCGAGCGCACCGGCGACCAUCAGAUUGCAGACAGAGAACUGCACAGUGGUCAGGGUCCAGUGGAGGAUUCCACACCGGCACAUUUACACUGUAACUGGAUACAAGGUGUUCUAUGCUGAAGUGAGAAACAACCGUCCUGUGGGUCCCCCGGUGACUCUGGAUGUUCCUCUCAGUGCUGACACGCUCACUGCUGACGUUCUAAUUGGGAACCUGAAGGUAGCUGCCCAAUAUCGUGUCAGUGUGGCAGCGUUUGAUCGGGCGGGGCAGGGGCGUCCCAGCAUGCCGAGGGACGUUAGCACCGCCUCCCGGGAGGUGUGUUUGCCCCCCUCACCCCCCGCCGCGCCCACGGUGGUCGCCAUAUCAGACACAGAGCUGGCGUUGUCGUGGCAACAGGGCCAGAGUAAAGGCGGCUCACCUGUGCUCUACUUUCUUGUUGCGUAUAUCAGGUGAGGUUUGUUUUUACUUUGUUCCACAUG